UUGAUUUCAUUAUUACGCCAAACCCGAUCCCAGUGGGCUCUUUUGAAUCAUUCACUCACAUUCCGAUCUAGGAAUAUUCCAAUCGAAGCAGUACGAACAGCAGCACUUCCAUUAUGUAUUUUCGUAAACGAUUGCCGAAAAAGCAUGGCCCCAGGCUGUGCAUCGGCAAGUCAUCGCUGGACGGCCUGGCCUUUAAGCUGGAUAUUUUCAAACAACGCCAUGGCAUUGGCAUCAAGGCAGUCCUUGCCAGAAAGAAAUCGUUGAAGCCUUUCCGCAGACACCGGCUGGUCCCCACUGUCCGUGCGACUGGCGAGAGAGUCCAGCGAGAGUCUGCAGUUGAGGAGGAGUCCACUCUGGAGGAGCUGGGGAAGGAGCCGAAUCGUAAGCCAGGAUUCUUUGAGCUGCUCCUCAUCGUGGGCCUGCUGAUCUUGAGUAUCUUCAGCCUCUCCCAAGUGGCCAUGAGCGGGUAUACGUUCAUAUCGAAGAAAUACCUCAUACUAAAGGUAUUGGGCUUGUCGCAUUUGGCCAACGUUUCCUCCAACAACAUUUAUAAACAAUAAACACAAUAUACAAUAUUUCGUGCUAUGUAACUGAUUAAAUGAGCAAUUAUUCGAUGUA